CCUCCUCCCAGCUUUCACCUCGGGUGUUGCUCCUCGUGCUGCCUUUUUCUCUCGACGUCUCCGAUCUCGAAAUCCGAAAGCACGGAUAUGCGUAGUCCUUUGAUCGCGUCUGAAUUAGGGCAGUCCAACAACAGGCAGCGUUUCGGAGACUUUCAGAGUUUUUGGAGCUCUCUCAUUGCGUGGUUGUUCGGUUUUUUCGUCUUCAGGAGUUGGAGGGCUUUCGCCAGGUCGUGUUGACAGAUUAGGGUGUGCUGUAAUGUGAGGCCGUUUUGGGGGUUUCGAGGCAGAGCGAGUAGGUUCGUAUUUAGGAAAUAGGACGUGUCUGCGAAAACUUGGUGAUUGGAGUUUCGUAAGUUGUGGCCGUUCUGCGCUUUUCGCCGGAUGCAUGGAGAUGGAGUUACACUGCUGCGAAAUGAGGUCGAUAUUGUUGCGGGUAGAGAGUGGGAUAGAGAGGAGCCUAAGGUUAGGCGUGAAUAGGUUUGCUCUGCCGUGGUUUUAGUGCACAGGUGUUUUAGUCCGCUAGGGCUCCGGGGUGCUUAGUUUCAGAAGUGCCGUUGAAUUUCACACAAUGCGAUGUAGGAAAUCAAGGUUACUGCACUUGUGGCCCGUGACAGCUGUGGAUUGCACUUGGAGGGGACAAUGGAUUUGAAUUUCUCAUGGUUGGACAUUUCUCAGUAGCAGAAAUUGCCCACCAUGCCUCCUCUGGAGCGAGAGAUUCUUCUGGACAAUGAUACCGAAUCCGAAGAUGCAGACAAUCAUCUGUUUGUGGAUUGGAAGGGAACUGGAGGUUGCACAUCCUUGGUGCAGCUGAAACUUCCUUUUAAGUCAUCUAAGCGCCGCAAUGGCGGAAAAACAAGCGCCACAUUUCCUUCAAAGUUCACGGAAAUGCAUGUACCUACUGCAGCACCCCUUACUUCCCCUACGGAUGCCAACAAGCUUGUAUCGGGUGCUGUUAAACAUGCACCGUCUACUUUCGAACCUGCACCAGCUGGUGUCAACCUAGUGCCAGACGUCGUGACUCAACCUGUAGUGGUUGUUUCUCUUUCAGACUCCGACGUUUCGGGGCCUAGCAGAAGCGCGGCUAAAAGACCAUUUAACAACUCCGUACGUGUAUUACCAUCAGGUACUGGCAACGUGGUAUGCCUAGACUCUGACACAGAUUCUGAGCAGUCUUUGCCGUGGCGUCUCAAACCUUGUAAUACCUCCCAGCAUUCGCCUCUCUUGGAAAAGGUUGUUGAGAAGGACGAUGAAGUCGAGGUCACAUAUCCCGCUGAGAAACUCCCUUCGCAUCUCGUUGAAACUCCACCCCGUGUUCCUUCUCUCGACCGAAACUGUACAAUUGAUCCGUUUGGAAGUGGCUUGCUUGACUCUCCUUCCGAAGAGGGUCCAACGAUCUCUUCAUGUUCUAAACGACCAGCUUCUAGUCAAUGGAUUAGAGAAGACAAUGGUUGGAGUUCCGGACAGGGUCCUCAGAGUGAAUCUACUAGCGAUGACGAUUUGGGAUUUAAUUCUCCUAUAUUAGAGUCUUCGGGUCCUAGUUUAUCUGUACCGGAGGCGACUGAUCUGAAUCUGGACACCGGUGUUGACCCUCUUUGCUCACGGAAUCUGCACAAUGAGCUUCGGGUAGUUACCAGUGAGCAGGAAGCUCAGGGUGGUGGCACUAAGAAGAGGAGGAAAGUCAUAAGUGGGAUUCCCAUGUCUGAAGAGGACAAGGCAUUGGAACGCAACGAGAAGUUGCGGGCAAAAGAGGCUGAAAGACUACGGAAGGCUGAGGAGAAAGCUGAGUUGAAGCGGCGAAAGGAGGAAGAGAAGAAAAAGCUGCAGGAAGAGAACCGACGGAAGCGAGAGGAAGAGAAGCUGCGGAAGGAGGCUGCAAGGGAGGAAGCUAAGGAACGACGCAGAUUAGAUCACGAAAGGAAGCGAUGGGAGAAUGGAAAAUUUGCUGUACAGAAUACGCGAGCACUGAUCGACACUAGAGUUAUUGAGAAGGGUCAUAUAGGAGGGCACCUUCUUAACAAACUGGCGGAAAAGCAGCUCCAGUUCCAGCUUGUUUGCAAUCCUUGUCCCAAGUCAAUCAUAUGGCGCAUGAAGCGACCUAGUGACGAUUCUUCGGGGGAGGCUGUGACCAGGUUUUAUGAUGGCGAAGAUGCGGAUACACAGGCUGAAGUCUCAGGCUCCAAGCUUGUAUUGGUGGAAGUUGAUGUCCCCUACAUACUCUACGUAUUAGAAGCUGAAGAGUUUGCCGAUAUGGUGGGUGAGAACACUCUGCACACCCUUAUCAGUUCUACUCAAGCCCGGUAUCCAGGCUUCACCAUCUGCUUCUUGGUCAACAAGCUGAAGUGGUAUCUUCACAAAAAAGAACAGACACAGUAUAAAAAUGGAGAUACUGAAUGGAGACGGCCACCUGUUGAACAGGAAAUAGCAAGACUUUUGACCCAUUAUGAUGGAGUCCACUCAAGGUUAUGUUUGGACGAAGCUGAAGUGGCUGAGCAUGUCACUGGCUUGAUGAGAAGUCUUGCGGAAUGCCCCUUUAAGCCAAAAACCACCUCCAUGUCAGUGAGCAAGAAUGGAGAUCAUGUGGCAACCAGUGACACAUUUAAGGAAGAAAUCAGGAAGAGCUUAUGGCUUAAAGCUCUAGUUGCUCUCCCACAUACUCCUGGAGCAGUUGCCCUGGCAGUUGCUAAAAAAUAUUGCAACAUGCGUGCUCUCCUCAAGGCUUAUCUUGACCCAACAAAAACGGUUCAUCAGAAAGAGCUUCUCUUGCAAGAUUUGAUCCGCGAGGGCGUCUUUGGCCCCGAGCAACGGCGUCGAGUUGGCCCCAAGUGCUCCCGUCGCAUCUACCGCAUCUUCAUGGCUCACAAUGGCAACCUCAAAACAGAAGAUGUCGAACAAGGUGCCGAUCACUUCGAUGAUUCGGACUGAAUCUUCCAAAAGAUAAGUGUACUUUGUUUGCUUCACUGCGUCUCCACUUCAGGAUCGACUAGUUCGACUCUGUACACUUUCGAAUCCACAGACAACGAAGCUUCACUUCGAGACUUCAAUUUUAUUUAAAGUUGAACCACUUGAAGCAUCUCCCAGUGGUCUUCUGUACAACAGUUUUCCUUUGAAUUGUAUGGGAUUGGAAGCGGCCCUUCAAAUAUUGGGUGUGAUAGAAGUGUACAGCCGAAGAUGUACAAUCCACCGUGGGGGUGACUUAGAAUCCAAUCAAGCUUCUCUUAACUUUUGUACUUAUUUUUGUCCAACCGUGUCGUGCUUACCUUCUUAGCUUGAAUUGUUAAUCGCUAUGUAGUGCUUUUCGAAGCAAGAAGAGUCACAUUUCUGAAGAUCUGCAGCAAUUCACACAUUAGGUGAAGAUGGAACCAAAAUCAUAACCGAACCGCAAAUUGAAUCAUUUGUAUCA